AGAUGGCAUCAGUUCCAGAGCAGCUUCUGGAAACACUGGAUGAGCUGGACGAAAAAAAACUGAAGAGGUUUAAAUUUUAUCUAAAACAAGAAGAGUCCAUUUCAGCUGAUGACUUGGAAAAUGCAGAUGCCAUUGAUACAGUGGAACAGAUGGUCAAGUGUUUUAAACCAGAAGAAGCUGUGAAGAUCACAUUGAACAUCUUGAAGAAGAUGAAACACAACCAGCUGUCUGAACAGUUAGAGAACAAGUACAAGGAAGAGGAUGAUGUCUUGCUAAAAAUCGUGACAAAACACAAAGACUUCAUGAAGGAUAAAACCGGACGUGUUUUUGAGGGCAAAAAAGAAAAUAAAACGCAUCUCAAGAAAGUUUACACAGAACUCUUUAUCACCGAAGGUGAUUUUACGGAUGUCAAUCAUGAACACGAGAUUCUGAAGAUCGACAGAGCUUUCAAAACCCCAAAAUCAGAGGACAUACCAAUCAACUGCAAUGACAUAUUUAGCUUAUUAAGACAAAAGGCAGAGGGUAACAUUGUUCUGACCAAGGGAAUUGCUGGCAUUGGAAAAACCUUCUCUGUGCAAAAGUUCAUUCUGGACUGGGCUGAAGGAAACGCCAAUCAGGAUGUAGACUGCAUGUUCCUGCUUCCUUUCCGAGAGAUUAACUUGAUUAAAGAUAAGGAGUUCAGUCUACAUGAGUUUCUACAGGAAUUUUAUCCUCCACUGCAAGAACUGAAGGAUACAAAGUUGUAUGAAAGUUUUACGAUUGCUUUUAUUUUUGACGGACUCGAUGAGAGUCGUCUUCCGUUGAAUUUCAAUAGCAGUUCACUGCACUCUGUAAAUAACCGGUCAUCUGUUGAUGCUUUGUUUACAAGUUUAGUCAAAGGGAAACUUCUUCCAUCAGCUCUCAUCUGGGUGACCUCACGACCCACAGCAGCUAAUCAAAUCCCUCCUGAGUAUGUGGGUUUAUUCACAGAGGUGCGAGGAUUUACUGACAAACAGAAGGAGGAAUAUUUCAGAAAGAGAAUCACAGAUGAAACUCAGGCCUUUCAAAUAAUUUCACACAUUAAGACAUCUCGCAGUCUCUACAUCAUGUGUCACAUUCCUGUGUUCUGUUGGAUCGCAGCUACUGUUCUGCAUGAAAUUCUCAUCAAGAACAAUGGGGAAGACAUUCCUUCAACACUUACUGAAAUGUAUGUUCACUUCUUACUAAUACAGAUGAACCUGAAGAACCAAAAGUAUGAUGAAAAUACCCAAAGAGAUCGCACAAAGCUCUUGGGUUCAAACAAAGAAAUGAUCUCAAAGUUGGCUAAACUGGCAUUUGAACAGCUGAAGAAGGAAAAUAUCAUGUUCUACGAGGAUGAUUUGAAAGCUUGCGGCAUUGACGUAAGUGAUGAGUCAGAGUCAACGGGAUUGUGCACUGAGAUCUUUAAGAAAGACUCUGUGCUUCAUGAGAUGAAGGUUUAUUACUUCAUACAUCUGAGUAUCCAAGAGUUCCUCGCUGCUCUGCACAUGUUCCUCUGCUACCUGAACAAAAAUAUGGAGGAGCUUGAUUUUUUACUGGAGAAUUCAUAUCCCAAGAAAGACCUGCUGUACUUCUUGCUGAUGAAAGCAAUUGACAAAGCCAAGGCAAGCGAGACGGGGCAUUUUGAUCUCUUCCUUCGGUUCUUGCUGGGCAUUUCUCUUGAGUCUAAUCAAAAACUCCUCACUGGCUUGUUGACCCAAACCGAGGAGAGUAAGAGAAGCAUCAAUAAAACAAUCCAGUACAUCAAGCAAAUGCAAAACAAUGAUACUUGCCCUGAAAAAUCCAUCAACCACUUUUUCUGCAUCCUCGAGCUGCAGGAUAGGUCCCUGUACCAGCAAAUCAAGAAAUAUCUGAAUUCAGAUGUCAUUGACAAAAGUAGAGAGAUCUCCACCUCAAACUGCUCAGCGCUGGUCUAUGUGCUUCUGAUGUCAGAAGAGGUGCUGGAUGAGUUCAACCCAAAGAAGUUCAACCCAUCGUAUGCUGGAUGUAGGAGACUGGUCCCAGUAAUGAGAUCCUGCAAAAGAGCCCUGUUUUCAGACUGUGGACUGACAGAAACAUGCUGUGAAACUGUCGCUUCAGCUCUUCAGUUAGAGGACUGCCCCAUGAGCGAGCUGGACCUGAGUGACAAUUACAGUAUUGAAGCAGGAGUGAAGCUGCUCUGUUCUGGACUGAAGAGUCCUCACUGUAAACUAGAGACACUGAGGUUUGCCCGAUGUCAUUUUGGCCAGGAUAGCUGCAUGGAGCUGGUGUCUGCUCUCAAGAUGAUUAUAUGUCAUCUGAGUGAGCUUGACCUCAGUAACAACGAUCUGCACGACUCUGGACUUCAACAACUCUUACAUGGAAUGGACAACACAGAGUGUAAACUUAGAAUUCUGAGGAAAGUAUUAACAAUAUUUGGAUUGAGCUGGUGUAACCUGACUGAGAAGAGCUGUGAGAUUCUUGCCUUGAUUCUUUGCUCAAACUCCCUCCUGAGUGAGCUGGACCUGAGUAAUAAUGACCUGCAAGACUCAGGAGUGAGGCUUAUUGCUGAUGCACUGAAGAGUUCAAACUGUACACUGGAGGUACUUGGAUUAUCUGGUUGUAUGGUGACAGAGGUCGGCUGUUGUUAUGUGGCUUCAGUUAUGAGUUCAAACCCUUCACACCUGAAUGAGCUGGAUCUGAGCUACAAUCAUCCAGGAGAAUCAGGAGUCAAACUUCUCUCUGAGAGACUAAAUGAUCCGAACUGCACACUGGACAAACUCAAAACUGAUCCUAAUGGUCAACACUUCAUCAAGUCAGGGAUAAGAAAGUAUGCUUGUGAUCUCACACUGGAUCUAAACACAGCACACCUUGAGCUCUGUCUCUCCGAUGAAAACAGACGGGUGACACGAGUAACAGAGAAACAGCCAUAUCCUGAUCAUCCAGAGAGAUUUGAGGACAGUGAGCAGGUUCUGUGUAGAGAGAGUCUGACUGGACGCUGUUACUGGGAGGCUGAAUGGAGCGGGACAGAGGGGGUGGUGGGGGUGACAUACAAUAAUAUAAAUAGAAAGAAUGAUGAUGACUUCGAUUUUAUAGAGUCCCCCUGUAAUCUUGGAAACAAUGCUGUUUCAUGGAAACUUACCUGUGGAUCAAUUAUAUACGUUUCUCACGAUCAAGUAGAUAUUAAUGUAAAGACUCCAAUCACUCGUUCAUGCAGAGCAGGAGUGUACGUGGACUCAAUGGCUGGCACUUUGUCCUUCUACAGUGUUUCUGACAUGCACAUACUCACACAUUUACACACAUUCCUCACUUCCUUUAACGAACCUCUUUAUGCUGGAUUUAAGGUGGAAAUGGGAACUUUGUCCUUAUGUCAGAUGGAGUAACCUGAAGCCCUUUUCAAAAUAACAUUAUUUAACUCAAGAUAAUCAUUUUCUUAAUCAGUUUUUUUGUCUUAAAACUAGAAACAUUUCCUUGAGAACCAAACUUGCCUAUUUAGAAAUCAAAACUUGUUUCCAGAAAAUGUAUUUUUAAAUUUAUCUUUCUUUCUCUAUUGGUAAAUUGCUUUUUUUCUCAUUUUAAGCAUACAUCUAACAAUAUAUGGUGAGGUUUAUAUUUAAAACAAGGGGAAAUAAUCUUGUUAAUGUGCUAUAUAUUAAAAGGAUUUAAGUAUUUUAUCUUUAGAUUGUAUAAGGUCGGAAGGAUGCUACUAUUUUGACCCAAUAAUCAGGGGGGAAAACACUUGAUGGAAGACAUGUAGGUUUAAUUUAUCCAUUUAUUGGACUAUAAUAAAGUUGAUACUUUAUGAUAUUGUAUUUUAAGGAAAAAGUAUUAUAUAGAAACUGAUACAACAUAGGAUUUAACAACAUUUUGAAUGCAAACUAUAAAAUUGUGAUUACUGGAAAUCUAUUGGUCAAAAUGAUUGGGAAAACAUGUAAUAUUGAUACAGUGAUUAAUGAGUUAACAGAAGUUAUAAUCAAAUAAGGAAUAAAGAGAUUUUUGAGGCCAUUUAAAAAAAGCAGUUAUUUGAGUCACAUAAUUAAAUGUUCAAAAAAUAGCAUUGAAAAUUUACCAUAAAGAAAAAUGGAUUAGUUGACAAUUAGCAUGAAACUAUUCUACAAGAGACGUCACACAAGACUGUUUCCUCAAUCAGCUGUUGAGUUUCCUUCUUCUAGAGGAUUGUUACAACAUAAAAGACAGGAUGUGAAAUGGAGAUACCAAGACAAUUGACAGAAAACAAUUGGUGGAAGAGGUAGAUUAGCACAUCUCUUUGCACUUCUUCCACUAUAAAGAUAUUUACAGCAUUUACAUUUUAAUGUAUUCAUUUAGCAGCCACUUCAUGUCUGAAGCAUUACUGACAACUGUGUCCAAUUUUUUUAGUUCCUACAUACAUAUUUGUCUGUAGCAGUUUCUGUUUAUUGUACCUCAUUAUUGCUUCUGAUGAUGCUGAUGCAGAAUUGUGGAGUAGUUACAAAACUGCAGAGGAAUGAAGACCAUGAAGAUUUGCUGCUCUUCCCUAAAUUCUUCCAGUGUUGACCAAUAACUUCAAUGCAAUGUAGGGAAUUAAAAAUCAGCAAUGU